CCCGCCUCGGCCCGGCGCCGGCGCCCCGGCCCGCGCGGCCGCCAUGGAGCACAGUGCCCUGCUCACCCUGCCGGGCGGGGAGCCGGCCCCGGCGCCCGCGCCGCCUGCCCCGCCGGGCCGCGGGCGCGCCGCCGGGGAGGGCCCGCCGCGGGGCUGCGGGCGGCAGGCGAAGGCCCUGGGGUCCCUGGCGGUGCUGCUGGCCUGCGGGGCCCUGCUGGUCUCGAGGCUGGUCACCUCGGCGCCCCGCGCGGGCGCGGCGAGGAGCGGCGACACGGCCCUGCAGGGGGAGGGCAGCCUCAGCCUGAAGUCGUUCUUCGGCAGGAUGAGCCCCGAGGCGCUGCCCGCCCUGCGCAGGGCCGCGGGCCUGGGCCCGAUGUCGGAGAAGGAGAUAGAGAAGGCCGAGGAGCGCGCCUUCAUCGAGCAGGGCACCAACGGGGCGGGCAAGGCCCUGAUCGAGAAGGCCCGGGCCGCGUCCGAGAGCGGCGGGGCCGAGGUCUACAUGGUCGCCGUGCCUCGCCAGGUGCAGGAGCUGCAGCAGCUGGUGGCCAAGACGACGACCACUGCGCCGCCGAAGGGGGCGGGGCCGCCCCCCAACAAUCGACGAAGGCCAAGGUCGGCCCAAGCCAAGGCAUCGUGGCGGACGUCGGGGAGUGCGCGGGGGACGGGGAGAGCUGCCUGCUGUCCCGGUGCUGCACCUCGCCGGGGACGCGGUGCUUCCGGGUGA